AUGGUAAACCUUCCCGUAGUCAUUCCAUCCCCCGUCGAGUAUCGUCAGUUGGAGAUGACUUAUGGCUUGUCUUCCUUAGAGGGUGUGGAGUUUCCCUCUCCUGGCUCUAGCAUCUCUUCCCCUCCCCCUGAUAAGAUUGGGGUUUACUUGAAAACCCUAGACGCUGGUAUAUGCUUUCCUCUAACAGAUUUUCAGGAGGAGGUCCUCCAGAAAGAUGGUUGCAGCCUUCUGAUGUUGACUCCCAAUGCAGUUAACAAAGUGGUUGCGUUUGAAAUGAUCUGCAGGGCCAACGGGUAUCUUCCGGAUUACUUCGUCUUCAAAUUUUUCUAA